CGGGCAGGAAAUUCUGGCGGAAGCGAUUCACAGUUUCUUUUCUCGGGCGCAGAACGUCAAAGCAGCCGAGUCCCAUUUCUCCCUUCCUGGCAAGCGGAGAAGGGCGGUGCGGAGAGGCUGGGGGAGCCCCUCGGAUUGUCUUGGGCUUCUUUUGCCUACUCUGGAGUAGGAGACACAAUGAAGUCCAGGCGCCGGCGCUUCCGCGGUCUCGACGGCUGCCGCCAGGAGUCCCAGGGUCCCCGGCAGCUUUGCAGCCGCCUGCACCGCCUGUGCCGCCAGUGGCUGCGGCCGGAGAGGAGCAGCAAAGGGGAGAUGCUGGACCUGGUGGUGCUGGAGCAGCUGCUGGCCCUGCUGCCCGCGGAGAUGGCGAGCUGGGUGAGGGAGUGCGGAGCCGAGAGCUGUUCGCAGGCGGUGGCCCUGGCCGAAGGCUUCCUCCUCAGCCAAGCCCAGCGGGAAGAGCCGGGAAAGGAGCAGGAGCCAUUCACAAGGAAGAUCUCAGCAGAGCUACAGAGAAGAGGAGAUCAACCCAGCCCUUCUCAGGAGCUGCUUUUCAGAAGGAUUCAACUUGGGCCACCUUGGCAGAGCUCUGAUCCCUUUGAGGAGGUGACUGUGGACUUCACGGAGGAAGAGUGGAGGCUGCUAGAUCAUGGCCAGAAGGCCUUGUGCAAGGAAGUCAUGCAGGAGUUUUCUACGAAUAUGGCUGCUCUGGAUGAUGUGUCUGUGAAUGAGAACAACAAGCAGGCAAGGUUAAAUCUACUCCAAACAGAGAAGAGUGAAGUGAUAUUUGGUACCAAAAGGCAAGAGGGAAGCCAUUUAGAAGAUGGAGGAGAGAAGUCAUCCACAUCUCUUCCUGUUGAUGCUUGUGGCUUCCUGUCCCAGCAAGAACAGAAAGAAAAGAGAAAAGAACAAUAUAGCAAAAAAGAAAACAUGACUUUGAAUUACAUCAAUAUGGCAGAAACCAGACUAAAGAAAAACUGCAUGCCUCUAGACACUAUGGAGAAUAAUUCUGUCAUUCCUACUUCACCAAAGAAACUGUACAGGAAACUCAGAUCACAUACCUCUGUAAAAUCUGGAGGGGAUUCCAGUCUGAGCAUAACAAGGGAAGUGUGCAUGCAGGGUGGAAAGAGUUUCAGUAGCAAAAGUAAUCUUAAUUUCCACACUGGGGAGACAUCACAUAAAUGUCAGUAUUGUAAAAAGACCUUCACCCAAAAAGGACAUCUUAAUCUUCAUAAAAAAAUCCAUACUGGGGAGAGACCAUAUAAAUGCUUGGAAUGUGGAAAGGCCUUUAUCCGGAAAGACCAGUUUGAUCUUCAUGAAAGGAUCCACACUGGGGAGAAACCAUAUCAAUGCUUGGAGUGUGGAAAGAGCUUUGGUAUCAAAAGUAGUUUUAGUCGCCACCAAAGGAACCACACAGUGGAGAAACCACACAAAUGCCUAGAGUGUGGAAAGAGCUUCAUUAUCAAAAGUGCCCUUAUUCUUCACCGCAGGAUCCACACGGGAGAGAGGCCAUAUAAAUGCACGGAAUGUGGAAUGAGCUUAAUUAGCCAGGGUAAAUUUAAUCGCCACCAAAGGAUCCACACAGGGGAGAGACCGUAUAAAUGCAAGGUGUGUGGAAAGAGCUAUACCCGGAAAGGACAUCUUAAUCGUCAUGUAAGUAUCCACACAGGGGAGAGUGUCAUGGCCCCAUCGGAGUCUAGUUCGGAGGAGGAGGACUUGGAACUGGGACUGUCCGACAGGAAUGACACAUCUCCUUUGGUAUAUUUGGAGGGGCCAGGGGCUGUCCCAGGCCCCUCAGGCACUGGAGGAGGUGAUCAACAAGACGGAGAGCUGCCUGUCUGCAAAGACACAGGAGGAUCGGCUGCUGGCUGGUAGUGGUGCUGAUAGGCAGCAAAUCUCUGAUGAGGAACAGCUGCCUUCUCCACUGAUCCAAGGGCAAGGAGAGUAGAGCGCAGGCAAGCCCAAAGAAGCUGCAAGGCUACUCAAGAGAAGAUCGCCCCACCCCUACUCACAAGGAACCCCUGGAGUGGACUGAUUUAAGGAGAAGCUAUGGGGAGUUAGUCUUUGCCAGGAACAAUUGUCUGCUUUGGCUUACAUUCCCCCUGCUUUGACUCGUGCCUGUUGCUGUUUGCUUUGCCUUGCCUUGCCUUGCCUUGAAGACUGCUGUUUGCCUUUUGUCUUCGACCUUGCCCUUGUUUUGUGGACUGCUUUUGGCCUUUGCUUCGCUCUGCCCGUGGAACUGCUUCUUGCCUUGGACCUUUUCUUUGCCCGGAGGACUGCCAUUGACUUGUACCUGGACUCUGCCUUGUGGACUGGACUUGGAACCCUAAACCUUGCCUUGUUGAAUGUGUUCCUACUCUGGGGACUUUAUUUGUACUAUAGCAGUGGUUCUCAACCUGUGGGUCAGGACCCCAUUUGGGGUCGAACGACCAUUUCACGGGGGUCGCCAAACAAUGCAGUCCGCCAUUUUUCCCCCCUUGCCUUAGCUGUGCUACUCCC